AAUAAGUUUUGUUUUACACGAACCAGACAACCAAUCAGAAGGAAGCAGUAAAUCAAAUGUAACGUUACAAGGUGAAGACAUUCUUAUAAGUGAGCGUGAAAAAAACAAACGUUUUCAAGCAAUACCUGGCCGACCAUUUUUACUACGUCGAGGAACGGCAUGCAACGCUACUACAGGUUCUUUUAAAAGACGAAGCCUUAAGUUAAGAAGAAAUACCAAAGAAGGGAAAGAAAUGGAAAUUGAUUCGUUUAGACGGGCUGAGUCCAUUCAAUCGAAGCGAAAGGUAAGUUCUUUGUCAGAUCGAAGUGAUAUAUCUGAACCAGGAAUGUAUGGUGAAAUUAGUGGUGAGGAGUCACCUGGUAUUCUAAGUGAUGACCAACCUCCAGAAAGUCCCAGUGAUAGUAAUGAUAACGAUGAAAUAAACAAAAGCUUUCCAUGGAUGAAGAUUGUAGUGGCUACAGCUUGUAGUUUUAACUUUCUUUGUUGUCAUCAAAGAUACUGUCAUCCAAAUUGUCAUAGACGUCAAAUGAGAGCCAGCGAACGAUUAAUAAGGGCAGUAAGACACAUUUAUAAUGAAGACUUUCAUCAGACUUCAGAUGAAGCUCUCCUUAAUUUAAAAACUGAAAAAAAAAGUAAUCGUAAGAAAGACAAACGUAAUCAAAAAAAUUCUCAACUUGUGAAUGAACAGUUAUCUUCUGCUGAAAAGAAAGAUAGCAAUGGACAUAAAUUUAGGUUAAAUGGAAGUAUAAAUAGAUCUUACUCAAGGAUCAAAUAUUCUACAGAUCUAUUAGAUUUAGAUCCUUAUUGUCAAGAAAAUUUAGCAGAGGCAAUGCCAAGUUUAAUAAAUAAGUUUAAUGAGAUAGAAGUACUGCCUAUUUUAAAGUAUAUACAAACCCAAGUCAAAAAUUCAUUUCACGCCCCCUUAGCUACUAUCCUGAAAGCAGCAGCUGUUAUAUUAGAGGAACACUUUAUUAACAUUAUUCCCAUAGCUUGGGAACUUUUAUUAGAACCUAAUCAAGAAGUAGCUAUUACAGCUGCAUCUUUGUUUAUUAUCGCCACUAUUCGUGCACCAACCGAAUCAGUUACUCUUAUUCAUCGAGGGCUGCAGCAUAUUGAUCCAAUUAUCCGUAUUACUUCUAUUCUUAGGUUUCAAAACUUAUGGAAGUCCAGAUAUCAAGUUUGGCCAAGAAUGGAAGAAUCUGCUCAUUCAACAUUUAAGGUCCCACCACCUGGAAUUGAAUUUACUCUUCCAUCUCCAAAAAUUGGUAUCGAAUCACUGCCAGUAGUUGAUCCACCAUGGAUGCCCCAGAUUAAAACAAAAGUGGAAGAAGUCACUCUCAACAAAGAGCGACGAAGAGCCCUUGUUACUGCUACUAAGACUCGAAAAAAGCAGCAAACCGAAUCAAUUAAAAGAGCUUUGCAAGAACAAAAUGACAGAAAACGGCAAGAAAGAGCUAAUUUUUUAAUAAGCACUAUUCCAAUCAACUUCCAAGCAGCUUACGAACCAAAUCCACUUUGUGAUGAUCACGAUGAAGGAAUUACUGAUGAAGAUAGUGGAGAUCUAAUUCCAAGAAACUUAGUUCAUCAUGGACAGUCAGUCCUAUCUUUAUUUCCAUCAACAUUAUGCUCUACUGCUCUUCCAUUAAUAGGCCUUCUUGAUGAUUCAUCUGUUUCUAAGGACGGCAUUGCAGUAUACGAAAUAGCAUAUCAAGUAAUUUGGAAUUGCUUGGUGGAAGACAGUGCUCUGUUUUUACGUCAUGUAUUGGAGCGAUUGACACGACAGGAUCAAGAUCUGAUUUUUCAGAGCUUACGACACCUUAUUCGAUUUGUUCCCAAGCUCCCUCAACAAGCUGCUUUUGCCUUAUACAACUAUAUAAUAGGAUAUAUAAUGUUUUAUGUUCGAACUCCACAUGAGGAAGGUCAAAAGCUUAUCGGUACAGCUCUAUCAAUUCUUUGGAUGGUCGUACAUAGCGUUCAUGGAAUAAUGUUUAAGGAUUUAAAACAAAUCUUGAGAAAAGAGCAGUGUGAUGCUUCUAUACUUUUGACAGCAAACGUUCCAUCGGCUAAAAAAAUAAUUGUUCAUGGACCUCAAGAUCCUGAUGCUGGUGGUAUACCAUCUCAAUUUCCUGUACAGGAAGAUACACAAUUUUAUCAUAUUCUUAAAGAGUCUCUUGAUUUUUUUGGAAUUGAAGAAGAAAAACAAAAACAGUACUUUUUAACUGACUAUAGAACACGUCAAAUACAUAAUUCUUGCUCAUACGUUCGGGACUACUAUUUUUUUAAGAGAUCUCAAUAUCCGCAACUAGAACUAAUACACAUGCAAUCAAAAGAGGCUUUUAAUGCUUUACAACAGCAAGAAUUACAGAAAAAAUUUGUAGAAAUUGGCAAAGUUUUAUUAACAUGGGCAAUUUUGAAAAAUGUAGAUAUGGUUGUUCAACGAGUUGUUUUCUUACAUGAAGAACUUAUGAAAUUACCUUCGUUUCCUCGCAAAGCCUUGGAAGCAGAUCUUGACUUAUGUAAAGGUGGUGAAGUAGGAAAGCAACUUCUUGCUCUAGAUGUCUUGCACAAGUUCAUGUGGGUUCGAUUGAUAGCUCGCAUGUUUGAAGCAAUGGCAGGCAAUUUUGCCUAUUCUGGAGAUAUACAUCUAUUCCUAAAUGUCUUAAACGGUGCUUUAAUAAUACAUAGUGAAGAUUCUUGCAUACUGCGCUAUGUUAUUGCAACCUAUAUUAAUGCAGCUCACAGUUUUAAAAAUAUUUUUUCAACGAAUGGAUACUUUCUUAUAAUGCCUUGCCUUCUCCAGCUCUAUUCAACACACCAAACAAACAAACUUGUUACAACAACUAUAGAAUACGCAGUGAAGCAGUUUUAUUUAAUGAACAGAAAACCAUUUAUACUUCAAAUGUUUGGAAGUGUUUCAGCAAUCUUGGAUACUGAUGAAGCUGGUAUUGUCGGUGAAGCUCAUAAGGUACCUUCGUCAUGUCUAUUUAAUUUACUACUUAGUCUUGAAACACCGUCACCAGACCCCCUGAAUAUAAGUGAACUAGUCAAAGCUGAUAAGCCACUUAAGGCAAUUGAUUUUUGUUAUCAUGAUGAAGAUGAAAUGGUUUCUAUACUUGACUGCAUAUCUUUAUGUGUGAUGGUUUCAUCAUAUUCAGCUGAUUCUUUCAGGGGACAGCAAAUGCUGACUAUUUUAGAAGCUAUUAUGCCUUGCUAUGUGAAACAAAUACAACUGUCAACGUACAGUAGAGAGGGAAAAACUGAAAAGGAAAUAGUUGUUCAUCUUGCUGCUGCCAUUAAAACACUUAUUAACAAUUCUGAAGCUCUAUCAAAAUGCUAUAAUCGUCCGCAAAAAUUUAGUCCAGAUCACAAAGGUUCUAGUCAAAAAAACACCGCUAAAGGUCCGUAUUCAACAAAAUAUGAUUUUGAUGAGGAAGCCCACUAUUGUAGACAUACUGAUAAUAUUAAAACUAAAACUUAUGAUCAAGAGAAUGAUGACAGUGAAAGAAUUUAUAAAAGAGAAUUUAUCAAGCCUAGAGACACAUUGCUGAAUAUGGUGGGUGAGUUUGUUGAUAAAUGCUCAACCCGCCUUAACGAACUUAACAAAAAAUUACAUGAUGGAAAAUCAAUUGAAAUACUGGACUGCCGUUGCCAUAUUCGCUUAGCUGAUAUUGCACAUAGUUUGUUAAAAAUCUCCCCGUAUGAUCCAAAUGCAAUGGCUUGUCAAGGCUUAAAACGGUACAUGACUGAUAUCUUACCUUCCGCGGAAUGGUCUAACGAUGAUAUGAGGCCAGCAUUGACUGUUAUUUUUCGUCGACUUGAUAAGACUUUUAGUAAAAUUCAUAAAAAAAAUCAUGUAAGACGUAAUACUAACUGGGACGCUGCAAGUGAUCUUUUACAUGGAGUUUACAAAACUUUAAAAAGGUGUCCGUACGUAGCAUAUUUUCCAAAUUUAAAAACAUUGUUAAGUACGUGUCAAGCCCUCAUAAUUGGUGACACAGCGCAAAUUGAAGUAACAUCAUCAGCAUCAGCUGCUCUUAUGAGUAAACUACCACCAAAGCAAUUUUGCUCCACAGUUCUACGACUACUGUCUCUUCAAGUAAUCUCUUUUGGUGAUGGUUACAGUUUUGAAAGUAUUUGCGUUGGACACUACGUGUUUGCUACAGCAGGCCGAGCUGAAAGUAUUUUAUUAAAUUUAUUGAUUCCACUUAUUCUUCAAGUUGGUACUGGAAAUAAAGAUGUUCCAAGACUUCGACAAACCGAUAUCUGUUUUUCUUUAUCUGCAGUUUUAAAUAUUUUGUGGCCCUCAGGAACAAAAACAAUGCAAAUUUCAACAUUAAGUUCAAAAACUGCUAAUGAUCUUCGUGCAGGUAGUCUUACUUUUGCAGCCAGGGACUUGAAAAAUUUCAGUAAAACAUCAACAUCACUAUAUCAAGUCGCUUUCUUAGCAUUGAAGAUAAUAGUAAUAUGUUUUGAAUGUGAACUAAGAACCGAAUGGCCUAGAAUUAUACGAACUAUUAAAUUGUUAAAUAAAAGAAACGAAGCAUCAUUAUUUGUGUGGGACUUCUUAGAAUAUGUUGUUACUCAUAGAACCCCACUCUAUAUAGAAAUGUUGCCUUUCAUAGUUUAUAAAAUUGGACAAGCACCUAUUUCUGAUCAUGAACGGAAUAUGCAAACAAUUAUUAAAGAAAAAAUAAAUGGUUAUGGUGUUAUUGUUCCUAAGUCCAGAGGAGCACUGCUUACUGAUCUUGUGCAUGAAUUAGAAAAACUGAAAGAAGACAUGGAAAACUGCAAGAAAGAUGAAGUACAGCUUUAUCCGAAAAGGAACUCAGGAGAUAUAAACCAAAUAAGUGAAGGUUUUCCACGUACUCAACGCCCAUCGCUGCUUAUGGACCUUCUUACUAGCGAUCUGGGUGUAAAAGCUCACACAAAAAAUGUACCAGCAGAAACAUCAUGUUCUAAAUUACCACACUCUGUAGAAGAAUCUAGUUUUCUACGUCAGUCAAUAAGUUCUACAAGCCAAGCAAUGAAAACUUUAUCACAGUAUAAAAUAUUUACUGGUGAUGGUGAUGCUCACGAACAAGGGAUCUGUUCAAAUCAAAUAAGCCAGAGUAGUCCAAAUGACAAUAAUUUUAGUACAUGGUGUUCAGAAAAGCCACGGUUGCAACGUUCAAUGGUUCAAAGUAGGCGCACAUUUCAGUUAAAAAAAAGUCGACGCAAUAAUAUUCAGAUAAUGUAA